AGGUCACCUGUUCAUACCGCCUGCACAGUGUCCCCCGCCGUUCCCUUUGACGUUGUACGCAAUGAGCUCGUGAAAACGUUACCAGAGUAUGCUGAGAAAUCUAUUGGUCCAACCUGACACUCCGAUCGUAAAACGGGAAGUACUGCAUUAACUACUGGGGACGCUUUAGCAAUGGGGCCUGCCGUGCGAAUCUUAUCCAUUCUUUUCCUACAGUUGCUCGUGCCCAAGCCAACCGUGGCCGGAAAUGUGCUGGUGUGGCCCACGGAACACAGCCACUGGAUUAAUAUGAAAGUCAUUUUAGAGGCGUUGGAAGGCAGAGGUCACAGCGUCACCCUGCUGCACUAUUCUGCCUCGACGCACUUUCACGACACCGGCCGCUUCAAGACGGAGAUCUUUAAGGUUUCGUUUUCAUUGGAAUCCAGUCUUAACAUAUUAAAUGGCGGGGUGCACCUAUUCGUGAACGAAUCGCCUUCACUGUCUUCAUUGCAAUUUAUUUUGAAGAUGCGGGGCUUGAUUAAGAAAAGAGUUGUGCUCAAUAAGCAGGUGUGUGACGGGGUGCUCCGUAACGAGGAGCUGCUGGAAAGACUGCGUCAGUCGCACUUCGAGGUUCUUCUCUCGGACCCAAUGUUCCCCUGCGCAGAAUUAUUGGCAGACAAACUUGGGAUCCCAUUUAUCUACACACUCCGCUUCUCCUUCGGCAGCAGCAUGGAGAGACUAUGUGGACAGCUACCCGCUCCCCCCUCCUACGUGCCCGCUAUCCCCAGCCAACAUACGGACACAAUGGAUUUCCAGUUGCGCCUAAAGAACUUCAUGUGUUACUUUGGUUAUGACCUACUUUUUAACGAGUGGUCAUUUUCAAAUUGGGAUUCAUAUUACCGCGAAAUAACAGGUGAGUUUAAAUGCAUGGUGGUUGAUGAAGUGCCGCUUUUCUUUCCACAGCCAGCCUCUCAUUCUCAGAACCACAUGGACCAGGUUGACUCUCUGGCGAGGGUGCAGCGUUGAAAAAGUGCGCUUCACAACAGGCCACACCUACGAGGAGGGGACCCCUAGUACUAGGAACGUCUCUGUAUUUAGGGCGAAUGGGCCAUCUCUCAGCAGAUUGAGCUGUUGUUCACAAAUUAAAUAAGCUAGGCGGUGAACUUCCCCUAAUAAGACGGGAAAGAAAAUAAACUCGUGUAAGAGCGGGUGUAGAGAGCCCGCCGUUCUCCUUACCAGAAUUCGGCGUCGGUCCUUUUUGGCCUGUGGGCGACCUCGACCUAGAUAGCGUAUCAGACCGAGUCCUCGUAUGUGUGGGAAGGUACAGAGAGAAGAUCACCCCAGUUUGUGGACUACUUGCCAAUUGUAUUUUAAUUUGUUUUAUAACACAAAGGUAAAGAUACAGCACGGAGCUACACAAGAACAUUUCUGUCUCUUUUUUCACCAAUUGCUCCUUAUAUUUGGCAGUCAUUUUCAAUUGUUAUCGAUGGUGACGGCUACCAAGUGCCGUUUGGUUGCCGUGAUAAAUGUGCUAACACACAGUGGACACGAGUCAGGCACCUCAGGUUUAAAACAAAGGAUGCAGUAGCGAAGGGUCAAACUGAGCAGUAUAUUGACACAGCAGCCAAAAUUGGAAAGUCUUAAUUUUAAAGAGAGUCUGUCCCAUCCGACGAUUGUAUCGCGGCAUGAGAAAGAAAAAACUAAAAACUGAAAAAUGAUAUUUUAUAUGACAGGCUAGAGACCGUCAAUAAUCAGGAAUGUGCUGUCACAACUGAUAUUUGGAACGAAUACUUUGAGAAAACCUCUUUUAUACAUGCUACCAUCCAUUAUAUUAAUGAGAAGUACAAUCUCGUGUCAAGCAAGUAUGAUUAAAACGAGCGAAAAACAUUCGCGCUUUACUGUUUGAAAAACUUUAAUGUCCGAGGAGCACACGCGACCGCUGCUUUGCGUGGUAACACCAGAUUAAACUGUAGUGGCCACAUUCUUAACACGAUUCUCUCAGUAUUUUAAACAUACUGGACAACAAGGCAAGCUUACGAGGUCACGUAAAGAGCCUGUCGAGAGAAGAUCUAGUGCUGAAUUCAGUGAUGCGGCAAUUUACCGAUUGGUCGCAUCAACAAUAGAUACAACUGUGAUCUCUUUUCUGAAACCGUUCAAUGAUGCGACAUUUCUCAGCCAAAACCUUCAGUUUCUAUAUCUUUUAUUUAAAAGGAUCGCAAAGGCACAGGUACAAGAAGAGAUUUUUAAUAACUUGUAAUAAUCGCAACUGAAUCCAAUUGUACUAAAUCAAAAGAGUGCAAUGAAAUUCACUGGCCAGCUGUUAGUAAAGCCCUCUUUCUUCACAGAGAUUGCGA